CGCAACACGGUGGGCAACAUCCCCAUGGAGUGGUACCAGGACUUCCCGCACAUCGGCUACAACCUGGAGGGCAAGCAGAUUUACAAGCCCAUCCGCUCCAAGGACGAGCUGGACAGGUUCCUGGAGAAGAUGGAGAACCCUGACUACUGGCGAACCGUCCAGGACAAGAUGACCGGGGCGGACGUGAAGCUGACGGACGAGCAAGUGGAGCUGGUGAACCGUCUCCAGCGCGGCCAGUUUGGGGACGUGAAUUUCGAUCCGUACGAGCCGGCCGUGGACUUCUUCAGCAGCCAGGUCAGAAUCCACCCGGUGACAAACCGGCCGGCGGACAAGCGGAGCUUCAUCCCUUCCUUGCUGGAGAAGGAGAAGGUCUCCAGGCUGGUGCACGCCAUCAAGAUGGGCUGGAUCCAGCCCCGGAGGCCUCGGGAGGACACGGGGGUCUUCUACGACCUUUGGGCCCAGGAGGACCACAACUCCAUCCUGGGGCGGCACAAGAUGCACGUGCCCGCCCCCAAACUUCCCCUGCCCGGGCACGAGGAGUCCUACAACCCCCCUCCGGAGUAUCUCCCGACCGAGGAAGAGAAACUCGCCUGGGAGCAGCAGGAGCCUUCGGAGCGCAAGCUGAGCUUCGUGCCCCAGCGCCACGACUGCCUGCGCCGUGUGCCCGCCUUCCCCCGCUUCAUCCACGAGCGCUUCGAGCGCUGCCUCGACCUCUACCUGUGCCCGCGCCAGAGGAAGAUGCGGGUCAGCGUGGACCCCGAGGACCUCAUCCCCAAGCUGCCCAAGCCCCAGGACCUCAAGCCCUUCCCAACCGUCCAGGCCCUGGUGUAUCGUGGGCACACCAGCCUUGUGCGCUGCAUCAGCCUCUCUCCUGCCGGCCAGUGGCUGGCAUCAGGGAGCAGGCGGUGCUGCUGGUGAACCCCGGCCUCGGGGACAAGCUGCUCUGUGGGGCCACCGACCAACUCCUGGAAGGCUACGUGGCCCCCGAGGAGGCCCGCCUGCAGCCCGUCACGUGGGAGGAGGCCACCAAGGAGGAGCAGCGCCUGGGCGUGCGGCUCAGGCUGAGGUUCGGGAAGCCCCUGAAGCAGGUCACCUGGCACAGGAAGGGGGACUACUUUGCCACGGUGGUCUCGGACAACAGCCACCUGCAGGUGCUGAUCCACCAGGCCAGCAAGCGCUGGAGCCAGGCGCCCUUCCGCCGGAGCAAGGGCCAGGUGCAGCGCGUCCUCUUCCACCCGCUGCGGCCCUUCUUCUUCGUGGCCACCCAGCGCUUCGUCCGCAUCUACCACCUGCUGAAGCAGGAGCUGACCAAGAAGCUGCUGACCAACUGCAAGUGGGUCUCCAGCAUGGCUGUCCACCCCGGAGGCGACAACUUGAUCUGUGGCAGCUACGACAGUCGGCUGGUCUGGUUCGACCUGGACCUCUCCACCAAGCCUUACCGGGUGCUCAGGCACCACAAGGCGGCCCUGAGGUCCGUGGCUUUCCACCCGUCCUACCCGCUUUUCGCCUCCGGCUCGGACGACGGCAGCGUCAUUGUCUGUCACGGCAUGGUCUACAACGACCUGCUUCAGAACCCGCUCCUCGUGCCGGUGAAGGUGCUGAGGGGCCACGCAGCGGCUCACGACCUGGGCGUCCUGGAUGUCCUCUUCCACCCCUCGCAGCCAUGGCUUUUCUCUGCGGGCGCAGACGCCACCGUCCGGCUCUUCACGUAGCCCUGCUCCGAACAGACUUGGCAGGAGAGAGGAAGCCGGGGUUGCCGGACCCCCUGUGGGCUCCUUUCCCUGGGAGGCCGGAGCUUUGGAUCCAGGC